AUGGCGGCAGUUAGCCACACGUCACCGCCCCGCCCUUCGCCACAUCACGUGACACAACAAGCCUUCCCACCUCCCUCCACGCAGCCACGCCUCCUGUCCCCGAUUGUUGGCUCCGGAUGUUUCGAGCCGCCUGUGUCAGUAAGUUCGGAGCGGCUCGAGCGCGGGGACCGAGAAAGGGGGACGGAGCGUUACCUGAGCGCCCCAUUCGCCGCCAGCCUGCUGGUCGUCAUGCUGAUGAACACGCACUCGCUGCUCGCCUCCUUCCAGCGGAACGAGCUGACCGAGCGCCGCUUCCUCAGCCUCAAUAAGUGCCCGGCGUGCUUCGGGACCAGCUGGUGCCGCAAGUUCAUGAACGGCCAGCUGAGCUUCGAGGGCUGGAGCCGCGUGCGCCUGCUGGACUUCUUUAACGUGAAGAACGUGCACUUCGCCCAGUACGGGGAGCCGCGGGAGGGCAGCCGCCGCGUUGUGCUCAAGAGGCUCGGCUCCAACAACGAGCUGGCCGAGCUCGACCAGAAGAUCUGCAAGAAAGCCAGCGGGCGGCCCCGCUGCGACCUCCUCCAGGCCAUGUACAAAACAGACUUCGCCCGGCUCAACGGCGACGUGCGGCUGCUCACCCCGGACGUGGUGGAGGGCUGGUCGGACCUGGUGCACUGCCCUUCUCAGCGGCUGCUGGACAGGGUGGUCAGGCGCUACGCUGAGACCAAGGACUCGGGCAGCUUCCUGCUCAAGAACCUCAAGGACACGGAGCGGAUGCAGCUGCUGCUCACCCUCUCCUUCAACCCCGAGCCCUUGGUGCUGCAGAGCUUUCCAUCUGAUGAAGGCUGGCCUUUUGCUAAAUACCUGGGAGCAUGUGGAAGAAUGGUGGCUGUGAAUUAUGUAGGUGAAGAGCUUUGGAGUUUCUUCAAUGCUCCAUGGGAAAAGCGUGUGGACCUUGCAUGGCAGCUAAUGGAAAUUGCUGAGCAACUCACAAAUAAUGACUUUGAAUUUGCACUUUACCUCUUAGAUGUCAGCUUUGACAACUUUGCAGUUGGACCUCGAGAUGGAAAAGUAAUCAUCGUUGAUGCUGAGAAUGUUUUGGUAGCUGAUAAAAAAUUAAUAAAACAGAAUAAACCAGAAAACUGGGACGUGUGGUAUGAAAGCAAAUUUGAUGAGUGUGACAAAGAAGCUUGCUUGUCCUUCUCAAAAGAAAUUCUUUGUUCCCGAACUACCGUGGACCAUAACUACUAUGCUAUUUGCCAGAACCUCUUAUGUAGACAUGCUACCUGGCGUGGCACUUCUGGGGGUCUCCUCCACGACCCUCCAGCAGAAAUUGCCAAAGAUGGCCAUCUCGAGGCACUGCUUGAUGAAUGUGCAAACCCAAAGAAAAGAUAUGGCAGGUUUAAAGCUGCUAAGGAAUUAAGAGAAUACCUUGCACAGCUAAGUAAUAAUGUGAGGUAGUCCAUACUGUUUUGUCCUUUUUAUUUUUUUUUUCUGUCUAGCAAAUAAAGUGUAAUUGGCUAGAGCACGUACCAGCUUAAAUUACUGUUGUAUAGCCAGGCGUUUUAAAUAGAAGCUUUGUAAAUGCCAUGAAAUUAAACUGAAGUGGAAAGCAGAGUGGUAUCCAAUCCUUUGCAAUCAAGCCAGGUACGUGUUUCUAUCUAAUUAAAACUUAAACUACUAUUGAUUUUUCUCUCGGAUUACCCGAGAGGCAGAUCACAUGAGAUCUCCAACUGACUGGAGAAAAACGGACUUUAGUAGCCUAAUUGAUUAUUCAUGUGUCAAAUAGUAGUUGACAAUGGCAUAUUACAUUGGUAUCACAAUUUUUGUGAAGCUGAUGCCUUUACUUGGAAAGUUCAAGUUAAGACUGCUGGCCUGUUUUAAAGGCUUUUUUUCUUACAUCAUUUCAUAUUUGUAUGUUGAGGCACCGAUAUUUUGUUCCAGCUCUUGAUUUUUUUUGGGGGUCCCCUCUCUGUUGCGUCCUGUUUCUUAAUAUCUUUUUUUACAUAUGCUGUAAAUAUAUUCCAAUUCUGCAUUAAAAUGUAGUCAUUGUUUAGUUUUCUUUAAACCAUUUAUUUGACUUGACCCUUUUUCUCUCAUUAUCGUCUCCUGCUGAUAUCGGUGCACUCAAGCUGUGGUUCUGAAUGAUGC